AUGGCGGCGGCGGCGGUACAUGAGCCGGAGGUGAUCCGCGACAAGGCGGCGAUGCGCACGUGGUCGCGCCGCCGCCGCGCGGAGGGAAAGGCCGUCGCGUUAGUCCCCACCAUGGGCUUCCUCCACGAGGGCCACCUGUCGCUCGUCUCCGCGGCCGUGGCGGCCUCCGCCGGCCCCGUCGCCGUCGUCGUCUCCAUCUACCUCAACCCCAGCCAGUUCGCCCCCACCGAGGACCUCGCAACGUACCCCUCCGACUUCGCCGGCGACCUCCGCAAGCUGGCCGCCACCGGGGUCGUCGCCGCAGUCUUCUGUCCCCCGGACCUCUACGUCCGCGGAAGCGCUGACGGCCCCUCCGCCGCUGGCGUGUCCGGCGGCGUGGUGUCGUGCCUGGAGGACGCCGGUGGGCAUGCGCACGAGACGUGGGUUCGGGUGGAGCGGCUGGAGAAGGGGCUGUGCGGGAGCAGCAGGCCCGUCUUCUUCCGCGGAGUGGCCACCGUGGUCGCCAAGCUGUUCAACGUCGUCGAGCCGGACGUCGCUGUAUUCGGGAAAAAGGAUUAUCAGCAGUGGCGCAUCAUCUGCCGGAUGGUUCGCGACCUCGAUUUUGCUAUACAGAUAGUUGGUUCGGAAAUAGUGCGUGAAGCUGAUGGUCUUGCCAUGAGCUCUCGCAAUGUAAAUCUGUCACACGAGGAUAGGGAGAAGGCGUUAUCAAUAAGUAGAUCACUGGUGGAUGCUAGAACCGCUGCCCUCAAUGGAAGCAAUCAUAGCCAACAAAUAAAAGAUCAAAUAGUGCAGACACUUACUGAAGCUGGUGGUCAGGUUGACUAUGUUGAGAUCGUGGAGCAAGAAAGCUUGGUGCCUGUGGAGAGGAUGGACCGCCCUUGUGUAAUUUGUGUCGCGGCAUGGUUCGGAAAGGUCAGGCUAAUUGACAAUAUCGAAAUCCAGUCGACGUCCUCUGAUAGAUAA